AUGGAGCGGUCCCGAAGGGAAUCUGAUCUCGUGGCUCUUGCUCGGUACCGUCGCCAGUUCCGCUUAGAAGCUGGCGAAAUGGACGAGCUAAAGUUGAGGAAUAGGUCACAGAAAAAAGAGGAAUUGCGUCUUGUAGCUGAACCGAAUUUGCUUAAACGUAAAAUAUCUGAAAUCGACCCCGAAAACCAGAAAGUUGCGCGCAAUGCUGCUCAGCUGCUUGAAGAAGCGGCAAGCCGAUGGCAGCACGGUAACGAACAACAGCAAAGGGAAAAGAAUGAACUCAAAGCAGCGUGCGCCGCCUUCAAGCAGUUGCUCUCUGAGACUCAGAAAAGAUUGCAAGAGGCUGAGCUCUCUUUAUAUGCAAUGAAACAGGAACAGGAACAUCUACAAAUAAUGAACCAAAGAAAGACACCUUCUGCGGAAAUAAUGCAGGAAGUGAUAGGCAACCAAGAAUGGAUUUCGAGAGAGUGCGCCCUCCUAAAGAGCGCCUUAGACGGUAUUUCCCAUGCUUGGCACUUGGGGCCGUAUGCAUUAGAACUCUCCCUGCUUAAGCUGGAGGCACAGUUGGAGUGGUACAAAGGGGAAAGCGAGGCAGCAAAGGGCGAGCUCACAUCUGUUCAGACUUUGAUAGGGGAAGCAAACACAGGGAGCAACAAAUUAGAAGUGAGUCUAGUAGGGCACGUAUUCUCCUUAGCUGCUGUGAGCACGAGCGCCACACGGCCGCUGGGCAUUGCAUGA